ACUUUGCUUUCAUCUGCAACUCCAGUGCAAAAGCUUCCAGAACUCCGUGCCCAGAAUCUGAGUACUUGACAUGUAAUACAACUUUCGGUUCAUAAUGGUUUUGGUCUUUCAUUUAUUUGGUGCUUCUUUGAAGAGGGAGAGGCAGAGAAAUCAUUUCCAAGUUCAACGGUCCUGCUUCAAGUCCAAGUUCCUGCUUCUAAAGUACAGGGGGCAGUGGGGGAAGUACCCAGAACAAAUCAGGUUGCCCCCCAGGGCAUUACUGCUAUAGUUUUGUUUUGUUUUCUUAAGUACAUGCAGAAGAAGUAAUUCCCAAUACUGGGCCCAGACUCAAACCUUGCACUUCGUAUGAGCUCUGAACUGAGACUCUUUGCAUCUCAGUCCCCCCAUUAGGUUUUAUUGCAACCAACACAAUUUCCAAGGGAGAAUUACUUCCUUUCUCUAUGAACACCAGACUCCUAUGUUUUUUGCACAAAUUGAAAUAGUAAAAUGGUAAUAGCCAGAGUGUAGGGAUUUCCAAAGGGGAAGGGGUGGAGGAAGGGAGAAAACCCAGACAGGCUCUCCUCUGUGCUAACCAGAAUGGUUUGUCGGCCCCCCUUCCCCUCCUUCUUUUUUGCUGGGUUUGGAAAGUGAGCAAGGUAAAGCAGAAAUGUUAUUGAUUUGAGUGUCACUGAGACUCCACUUAAAAGUGUCCUGUUUCUCUUUCCAGUACCCUUAAAGUGCAAAUCAUAUACAGGGGGAAAAAAAAACCAAAUCAUAGUCGUGACAAAGGCAUGGCUCAGGUUGAGAUGAGGGUCUAUGCACAUCUGAGGUAGCAACAGGGAACAAGGAGCUUCGGUUUAUCACAGGAAGUGGUAAACAAGGGAUCUGAUCUGAUCUCUUAGAUUAUAUCUGCCGGUCUUCAGAGUUGCUUAAUGCUCGCUGUUUAUCAGGCCCAAGACAGACUCUUGCCCUCAAAGAACUUAUCAUUGAGUUGAGAAGCCCCGACUUGACCUGAUCUGGGAAUCAAGGGCACAGGGCCAAGGCAGCACAUAAUUAAGUGUUAAGCAAUCGAAUGCAGAUGCUAAGGGAUCUGAGGGACAAGAGGAAAGAAAAGAUCACGGAGGGCUGAGGCUGACAAGAGACCGAAGAUUCUCAUUAAAUUGUUAAAGUAGUGUUAUGGUAGGAAGUUGUUACAAUUGCUGCUAAUUUGACAGGUCAGGCACUCUUACAACCAACCAUUACUUUCCAACUAGCAGCUGUUCCAAAGCACAUACAUGAACAAUUAAGUCUGGCAGGGAACUUUUUUUUUUUUUUUUAAAACAUAGCUCCCUGGAUUUGCUAAUGAGGAACAAAAUGACAUAUUUUGGUGUUUGGAUGACAGACACGAAAACUGAGCAGACUUUGCGUGGGGAUCUUAGGGAACCAGCAAAUAGAAUGUGGGCUGUGAUCUUGGGUGUGUUUUCAUGUUUCUAGUGAGCCGUUUUCCUUCACCUCAACAAGUUCUUAAAACUGAGGAGAGAGGGGUAAGUCACUCUCAACAACUCCUUUUUUAACUUGCAGGUUGUAUAUUUGUGCAGUCCGUUUUCCUUUUAAGAAAAAUGGCAAAAAGCUAGGUAUGGUGGCACACACCUUUAGUCCUAGCACUUGCAAGGCAGGGACAGGCAGGUGGAUCUUUGAGUUCAAGGCCAAUUCGGUCUGCAGAGUUGGUUCCAGGACAGCCAGAGCUACACAGAGAAAUCCUGUCUUGAAAACCCAAAACCCAACUAACCAGCCAACUAUACACCACACACACACACACACACACACACACACACACACAGGAAGGAAGAGAGAGAAAGAGAGAGAGAGAGAGAGAGAGAGAGAGAGAGAGAGAGAGAGAGAGAGAGAGAUGGAGGAAGAGAACAGAAAAGGAGAGAGAGAAAGAACAAGAAAACAAAAACCAAGAGAACUUUCUAACUCCUGAAAACGGGGAUGGGGGCACUCAGCAUUCUUUAAACGGAAGCAAUUGAAUAGCUUACCUUUGGAAGUCAUGAGUGUGCAUCUGCACUCUUGGUCUUAAAACAGAGUUUACUUUCUAGUUUGGCAGCGAUCCUGAUUUUUUUGUGUUUCUUACCUUUUUCUGUCCGCAGAGCAGGCAGCCAGAGCCCAAUCAGAUUCCUUAUAUUGGAGUUUUAAACUGUAAAACAGGGGCAUGUCUCACCUUGUGUUUUGAGUAACUUUAUACAAGUUGAGAGGGCGGCAGUAAGCAUUCUCCUCUCUAUACUUAAUUGUAUUCAGGAUCCUUCCAAGAAAUUUCAGUUAUGUCCCCAAUGCUAAAGGGGUGGGGUGCUACAACAGUUGUGUGAGCAGGCAAAAGAACACCCUCUGACGUCCCCUGAAGGGGAGGCAACCUGAAAUGAGGUAAUUAAACGUGGCCUUGGAGAAGUCUCCCAGACGUUCUAAUCCGGACUUCCAGCGUCCAUGUGUGUGAGCGCUUUAGUUUUCGAUUCUCUCAGGUCCUGAUUUUGCGUUUCUAAUAUAAGUGAACUAACAAGGCGUGAACGUGGUCUACGGAGCAAAACAAAGCCAUAAAGCGUGCUUCUGUGGUGCCAAGAUUAAUCAAUAUUCCGGGGAGCUCGGGCUCCCCCCUCCUCCUGCUGUUUUCAUUUUCCCACUCCCCCUUUCCCCAGUACAGGCUCCUCCUCUUUUCUUAAGUUGCCUGAUAGUAAGUGGCGGUUUCAGAGCACAUGCAUGUUGUCAGGGCCAGCCUGCUCCGCCGCUCGCUAAGCUGUUACUCCGAGCUACCUGCUGGGGAAUUCACCUCCACGUAGCCCGGGGUGUCUUCCUCCCAUCCCAGAGUCAGAAAAGUUGUCCUCUCUAACACCAAAGAGGAGAAUUCACUUUCUGGGAACAAGUGCAAGACACUGACACGCAAGGACGUGAUAAAUUCCUAGAAAGAUAAAAUAUGACCAAAAGCAACGGAGAAGAGCCUAGGAUGGGGGGCAGGAUGGAGAGAUUGCAGCAAGGGGUCCGCAAGCGGACACUUCUGGCCAAGAAGAAAGUUCAGAGCCUCACCAAGGAAGAUGUUAAGAGUUACCUGUUUCGGAAUGCCUUCGUUCUGCUCACGGUCACUGCUGUCAUUGUGGGUACAAUCCUUGGAUUUGCCCUCCGACCGUAUAAAAUGAGCUACCGGGAGGUGAAGUACUUUUCGUUCCCUGGGGAGCUUCUCAUGAGGAUGCUGCAGAUGCUGGUCUUGCCCCUGAUCAUCUCCAGUCUCGUCACAGAUAACAUCUGGUUGGACAGCCUAUUAGCUAUUGAUGCAAGAAUGCUUGUUCUCAGAGCCACCAGGACAUGAGCGGGAGCCUUCUUGGAAGCCUCAUCAAGAGGAAUGGCGGCCCUAGAUAGUAAGGCAUCCGGGAAGAUGGGGAUGCGCGCUGUAGUCUAUUACAUGACUACUACCAUCAUUGCUGUGGUGAUUGGCAUAAUCAUUGUCAUCAUCAUCCACCCCGGAAAGGGCACAAAGGAAAACAUGUACAGAGAAGGUAAAAUCGUGCAGGUCACUGCAGCAGAUGCCUUCCUGGAUUUGAUCAGGAACAUGUUCCCUCCCAAUCUGGUAGAAGCCUGCUUUAAACAGUUUAAAACCAGCUACGAGAAAAGAAGCUUUAAAGUGCCUAUCCAGUCCAACGAAACACUUCUGGGCGCCGUGAUCAACAACGUGUCAGAGGCCAUGGAGACUCUGACCCGGAUCCGGGAGGAGAUGGUGCCCGUGCCUGGAUCUGUGAAUGGGGUCAAUGCCCUGGGCCUAGUUGUCUUCUCCAUGUGCUUCGGUUUCGUGAUCGGAAACAUGAAGGAGCAGGGGCAAGCGCUGAGAGAGUUCUUUGAUUCUCUUAACGAAGCCAUCAUGCGAUUGGUCGCGGUGAUAAUGUGGUAUGCGCCUCUGGGCAUCCUCUUCUUGAUCGCAGGGAAGAUUGUUGAGAUGGAAGACAUGGGUGUGAUUGGGGGACAGCUUGCCAUGUACACCGUGACAGUCAUUGUCGGCCUCCUCAUUCACGCCGUCAUCGUCCUGCCUCUCCUCUACUUCCUGGUAACCCGGAAGAACCCCUGGGUUUUCAUUGGAGGGUUGCUGCAAGCGCUCAUCACAGCCCUUGGGACCUCCUCAAGUUCUGCCACCCUACCCAUCACUUUCAAGUGCCUGGAAGAGAACAAUGGUGUGGACAAACGCAUCACCAGAUUUGUGCUCCCCGUGGGGGCCACCAUUAACAUGGAUGGGACCGCCCUCUACGAGGCUUUGGCUGCCAUUUUCAUCGCUCAAGUGAACAACUUUGACCUGAACUUUGGACAGAUUAUAACAAUAAGCAUCACAGCCACGGCCGCAAGCAUCGGGGCAGCCGGGAUUCCUCAGGCCGGUCUGGUCACCAUGGUCAUCGUGCUGACAUCUGUGGGCCUGCCCACAGAUGACAUCACACUCAUCAUUGCAGUGGACUGGUUUCUGGACCGCCUCCGAACCACCACCAACGUACUGGGUGACUCCCUCGGAGCAGGGAUUGUCGAGCACUUGUCCCGACAUGAACUGAAGAACCGAGAUGUUGAAAUGGGGAACUCGGUGAUUGAGGAGAACGAAAUGAAGAAGCCGUAUCAGCUGAUUGCCCAGGACAAUGAACCGGAGAAACCCGUGGCAGACAGCGAAACCAAGAUGUAGACGGACAGAGAAGUGCUUUCUUAAGCACCAAGUGUUGGAAACUGUUCUACAAUGUAUCCAUCUCCCUGGGCUCACUUUCCCAGUGAGCUCCUCUUUCCUCCCUACUCUGAUAGGAUUGGAAAACGGCCAAACACAAAGGAGGGCUCUGCAGCAGCCCAAACCUAUCGGUUUUAGCCUACAUUUGAAAAUUUUAAGUCAUUUCAUAUUAUUCUUACCAAGUAAGCUACUACAAUCAAACACAGUUUCGAUAUUACCAAUUUAGGUGGCAAACGAUCCUGUGCCAUUGCUCUGUAAGUAAAAGAAUUAAGCAAAUGAUAGGCUACCGAAAAAAAAAGUUUUAAAAUCAACUUUCAAGAUGUAAAAAUCCUUCAGAAUGCAACUGAGUUUUAAUCUUAAAACAUUACAACUUGAUGAGCAAUUAUCAGUUACCCAUUGAGUAGCUGAGAGGUUCCCAUUUCUUCUGACUCCUGCCCUGACUUUGUCAGCAUCAGGGCAAUCCCCACAUGCACACAGCACAGCUGUGAGGAGGAGCGGAGAGUGAGGCUCCCAAAUGGUCUAGAGUGAGCCUUGUCUCAUCCAUUGGCCUCAGUGUUCUCAUCCGGAAAAUGAGUGACUCCUAGACAGGCCUCUCUAGCCCAAACUUCUGGAACAUCAGGAAGGACCCUGCCCCUGUACACCAUGAGGAUCUCAGACAGGACACUUAUUGGGAAUGGACAUUUCUCUCUAGGGGCAGGCUGUGUGUGGCUCACUAGAUCCUGGGUUCAAAAUGUUCGUUCUAUCAGUAGACAGGUGGAAGGCCAUCCUAGAAGGCCUAUUGUCCUGUUUUGUUUUCCAAUACUAGAGGCCCUCCCUUCUGGGGUACACUUCCCAAAUCCAAGGGAAGACAGUCUCUUCAAUUAGAUGUCUAGGAAAUAAAGAGAAGACUAGCAAGUGUGCUCAAGUCUUAGUGUGGAACACUAAAGAGUGGAGAAAGAAUAGAGUAUGGCCAACAUUACAAAAGGGAGGAUUCUUUGAAAGAUCAGGAAAAGUUGGUUUUCUUUAAAGACUAAAAUGGAGAGCUAUAUCUCAACCCUUUUUCUGUUAGCCUAAACACUUCCUCUUCAGUCCCUAAUCAGCCCCCAAAGAAACGACGUCAUAACACCACUUCCUCCUCAUCUCCCAGUCCAACCAACCACAUCUCUGGGACAGAUCCAUACGCUGGGUGGAUGGUCUCAUUUCUGAAAAAGAUUUUUUUUUUUUGGUUUUUUUAUUUGUUUUGUUUUUACUAUUUUAACCAGGCGUUCUUAGGAUGACAAAAACAACAUACUCUUUUUUGUAUAGAGAUGUCUCUUGACAAAUCAUUCAAAAGUCUCAUCUAGAGUGGAGUGUGCUUGUUUAUGUCCCUACCAAAAAAAAAAAAAAAAAAA